GGGCGCAGAGUAGAGCUGCACCACCCAGUAGAAGUCUGGGCUGAACAGCUUCCAUUUGGUGCCGACAUCCCAACCUCUGUCGGCCGUCGCCCGGCGCGACCCGCGGCCAUGCAGCCCCGGGCUUAAGGCGACCCCAUGGCAAAACCUGCGAUCCCAGCGACGACGGCCCAUGGAGAACUUCCGUAAGGUGCGCUCGGAGGAGGCGCCGGCGGGGGACGGUGAUGAGGGUGGCAGCCCGAGCUCGGGCCCUUUCGCAGAUCUGGCGCCUGGUGCUGUACACAUGCGGGUCAAAGAGGGCAGCAAGAUCCGCAACCUACUGGCCUUCGCCACCGCCAGCAUGGCGCAGCCAGCCACGCGCGCCAUCGUCUUCAGCGGCUGCGGCCGGGCCACCACCAAAACCGUCACGUGCGCAGAGAUCCUCAAGCGCCGCCUGGCGGGCUUACACCAGGUCACGCGGCUGCGCUACCGGAGCGUACGCGAGGUGUGGCAGAGCCUCCCGCCUGGGCCCACGCGGGGUCAGACGCCUGACGAUCCGGCCGCCAGUCUCAGUGUACUUAAGAAUGUGCCGAGCCUGGCCAUCCUACUUUCCAAGGACGCACUGGAUCCACUACAACUUGGCUACCAGCCUCCGAACCUCAAUCCAGGUCCUUCGUCCCCUCCUACGGUGUCGACGUCCAAGAGGAGCCUGGGGGAGUCGGCUGCUGGAGAAAGCACCGCUAAGCGGUCUCAGCCUGAGCCAGGGACUGAGAAUGAGGACCCGACUGCCUGAAAACUCCCGGCUCUGAGCCACCAAGACCUGCUGGAUCUUAUAUUCUCAACACUCCUACAUCCACAUGCACCAUUCACACCUGGGUUUUAAGGGGUCCGUGUUCCUAGAAGAUUGACAGCACUGAUCCUAAGGCAACCGGAAAUGGAGCUCAGGAAUGGCAAGAGGAUCCCUGAAGUUCGAGGAAACUUUGUGGGGCGUGUUACCAGAAGCCACAGAACUCCACCCCCACUUUUUGUAGGCCAUAUUAGGAUCUUUUUCGAGGGAAGUAUGGUGGAUAGUGAGACUCUUGAGCCUUCUUGGGAACCUAGGCUUUAAAAGCACCCAGUUUGCAUGAAGACUGAGGGUUGAGAAUCUUGAAGUCAUCCUUGCUGUUGACUGAGGGCAGAAGCUGUGAAGCAGAUUCCUUGAGGGUGGCCAAGCUGAAAAUGUUGGGACCCUAUUCUGCCCAACCACCCCACCCCCCGGCAAUUCCCCUUUUUAGCUUUCCUUCCUCUUAGCAUCCCCCCUUUUGCAUGGUGGCAGAGAGGAGACCCAGGACAAAACUUUCCAUUGCCUCCUCCCCUGAGUCCUG